AUGGCUUCUGGAGUACUGUCUCCUCAUACCUCGACCAUGCCGGAUUAUAAUUGCUGUAAUGUCAUUAUAGUGCCAGAUUGGACCCGCAUUUGGGUCCCACAAUCGCACGCGGAGCCUCUUCCCGUUUCGAUGGCACCAAAACCGAUCUCUGUGAGGCACAUAUUGCCAGUACUAGGCUGUCAAGGUGCACUUAUCGGCUUCCUACGAGCACACAUGGAGGAUGAGAUGCCUCCAGAGCUCCGAAUAUCAGCUUCUCAGGGGCUUUCUCUGUGGCCUUCCGUUGCAUUACUACCACCACCAUCAUUUAUCACAACUCCUCCAGCAUCCCUGGCGAUGCAGCCAGCGUCUCGUGAGUCCAUGAGUGCAAGCACAGCCACAGCCACAGGCCCAGGUCGCCUCGUCGCCCAGCCACCGGCAGCAUAG